UUGCUAAUUAUUUGAAUUAUAUAACUGCUUGGGGUGACCAACCAGAGCGACGUUACAAAGACCCGAGUACAAAAUUACGCGGAAAAAAAAUUGCUUCAGUUCUGGUUGACUUUAGAUAUACCACAACUAUACCUGACUGGCACGUCUCCGUUUUAUCGUUUAAAACAAACGUCAUUGUAUUUCAGAAUUUCUAAUAACGUGCCAAAACAAACAGUACGCGUGACUGAUAUUUCAAACUCCAGCAAUCAAUAUGGAGAAAAUCUUCUACGUGUCUAUUUUUACACUGGGAACUUUCAGCUUGGUGGGGGCAGGCUGCCCCACUGUAUGUAAGUGCCCAGCAUUGGCUGCCAUCUGCCCCCCGGGGGUGAGCUUGGUGCUGGACAAGUGCAGCUGUUGCAAGGUAUGCGCAGCACAGCUGAAUCAGGACUGCGGAGCAUCGCGGCCCUGCGAUCACCACAAGGGACUGGAGUGUAACAAUGGGAACGGCGCCACACACGAAAGCGGCAUCUGCAGGGCGAGGCAGGAGGGCCGGACCUGUGAAUUCAGAGGCAGCAUUUACCAGCAUGGUGAGAGCUUCCAGUCGGGCUGCAAGCACCACUGCACCUGUGUGGAUGGGGGGAUCGGAUGCAUGUCCCUCUGCCCAACCCUCAAGCCCCGUGCCACGCCCUCCUGUCCCUUCCCCCGCCUGGUGAAGGUGCCAGGGCAAUGCUGUCCUUCACUUAAGUGCCACAAGGGGGUGCUGUCUCUGCCUGCAGCUGGUCAGCCGCCGUCUUCAUACCCGUACAAAAAGGACAAAGCGCUUGACAAUGAGAUUUUGGAUCCUGGGAAAGACUGGGAGAAAAAGCGGAUCUACAAACACCUGGGAGAAUGGAAGCACUCUGCCAGUCAUUGUGUUGUCCAGGUAACAGACUGGUCCCAGUGCUCGCGAAGCUGUGGGCUGGGUGUGUCCUCCCGCGUCACCAAUGACAACACGCGGUGCAAGCCGGUGAAAGAGACACGACUGUGCAUCCUGCGGCCUUGUGGGACACGCCCCCCCCCGACCAAGAUGGUGAAGAAAUGCUCACGCACCCACCAACCAGCACAGCCCGUUCAUCUAUCUUACGGCGGCUGCCGCAGCGUGCAGCCAUACCUGCCCGGAUACUGCGGCGACUGCGCAGACGGCCGCUGCUGCUCCCCCCACCACACACUCACCCAGCCCGUGCUCUUCGCCUGCGCAGAUGGCAAGCGGCUGGAGUAUGACGUCACUUUCGUGCGCUCCUGCAAGUGCUCAGAGUCAUGUGACCACCCAAACAGGGCUGGUCCCGUGUCCCGGCGCCGGGUUCACGGAGACACCAAAAGGUUCACCAACUAGGUCCUCCCUACCGGGCUCAAGAAGAACACAUCUCAGUCCCAAUAUCUGUGAAGAGAAACUAUUGUGUGAUUUCCCUGUGAUACAGAGAAGUUUGGUCUGGUUCACUGUCAUUUGUCACACCGUGGAUUGAAAUUUCAGGAUCUGCAGGACACCGUUAGACACGAGUUAGUUUUCCUGUUAGGCCUCCCGCUCAUUCGGGAUUCUCGGCAUGGGCUGGUCCACGCUGCGGGUGAUCAGAUGGAAAAUUGAGUAGCUAUGGACUGUCUAUGAAAGCAGGCCUGAUCCACAGAGACCCAGAAUCAUCGGGACACUGUCCGGCUGUUCUCACAUUUCCGUGGCCUUGACAGAAGUUAGAAAAGCCCACAUGGCUUAUGUCUGGACUUAGUUGCAUGUUUGUCAUUUAAGAGAAAUGUUGGCAGCACAGAUUAAAUCCCCCAGCAUCUCAGUAAACUAACAGGCGUAAACCGAGAGACGGAGCAGUGCAUGUGCAGCCGAUUGCGCUCCCCCUUGUGAAUGCGAGUGUGGUCCGAUUACCCUCGGAUUAAGCGGCCCUUCGGUCGGAGAGGAAGGCACGUUGUUGACGAGGCUCCCCAUCCGCCAGGCCAGGAACCGGGACUGUUUGCACAGCCGGGCUUCAUUCCUGGCGCAAGCAGUGUGAAAUUUGCCAAGUGUGGCACGGCUUCCUGUGGGCUUCCUGUGUCCAAGCGUCCGGUGGCCGGGUGGGUCAGGAGGGCCGUGCGUGACCCAAAGAACGCCCAGGGUUGUUAUGAAAGCAGAUCUGAAGAGCCAGCCUCCAGCCCACCCAGCCCACUCGCCUGCCCAGGCCGAGCCUUUCAGUGUUCAACUCAAAAUACAAGGCAGCAAAGCACUGCAUUUCAGUAUGUUUUUCCUUUGAGAAACCCAUCGUCUAACGGUAUAAUUUUACUAUUUCUCAUUAAUUUUGUUAUAAAAGGAUCUGGGAUUUUCUUUUCUUUGUUUUUUUAGAUGCGAGUACUUUUACGGCAGCAUACAGAAUAAGCUUUCAAAAAGAUAUCCAAGUUGUUCAUAUAUUUGUCCAGUCAGUAUAUUACUGUCAACUCUUUCAAUUUUUAUUCUUUUUGUUAGGUUUCAAAAUUUAAGGAAUUUGGAGGUUAAUGUCUUAUGUUUUGCAUACUACUGUUGUAUCUGUCAGCAUCUUCAAACUACAGUACUUGCAUUUGCACCAACAAUAA